AAUAAGCCUGCUGUUUUAGUUAAACGCGGUAAUCAGCUCCAUAUGGAUAGACCGCCACUUCCCGUAAAAUAUUUCCCGAUGUCUCAGUUUACUUCCUCAAAACUUGAGGUAUAUAUGGAAGGAUCACUCUGACCCCGAUUCACAGAAGCAAAGCAUUCCUCUCUAUUCCACAGAAGCUGUACCAAAACUGGAAAGCAUGCUGCUGUGUGUAAAUGUAUUUCUCCUGCUGCUGCUGGUCUCUGCACUGGCCGCCUCCUCUGAGGAGCUGUCUAUGGAUGCACAGUGGCAGAACUGGAAGGUCAUGCACCGGAAAGAGUACAAUGGCCUGGACGAGGAGCCAAUCCGAAGGGCUAUCUGGGAGAAGAACUUACAGCUGAUCAACACCCACAACAAGGAAUAUGAGCUGGGCAUGCACUCCUACGAACUGGGCAUGAACCACUUCGGCGACAUGACCCCUGAAGAAGUGACAGAGAAGAUGACAGGCCUGUUGGUCCCACCUGUCAGGAACAGCAACAACACUUUUACCCCUGACACUGACCUGAGAAAGCUGCCGAAAGCCAUCGAUUACCGCAAGCUUGGUUACGUCACUUCAGUCAAGGACCAGGGCUCUUGCGGCUCCUGCUGGGCCUUCAGCACAGCCGGAGCUCUUGAGGGUCAGCUUAUGAAGACGACAGGGCAGCUUGUCUCUCUCAGCCCCCAAAACCUGGUGGAUUGUGUGACUGAGAACAGCGGCUGUGGAGGAGGCUACAUGACCAAUGCAUUUGAAUACAUCAAGGAGAACCAAGGCAUUGAGUCUGAGGAAGCUUAUCCUUAUGUGGGACAGGAGGGACAGUGUGCCUAUACGCCGGCCGGCCGGGCAGCCACCUGCCGCGGCUACCGGGAGAUCAAGGAAGGAAGCGAGCUGGCACUGCAGGCUGCCGUGGCCAAGGUGGGGCCCGUGUCUAUCGGCAUAGAUGCCACCCAAUACAGCUUCUUGUUCUACAGGAGAGGGGUGUACUACGACCGCAACUGCAACAAGGACGACAUCAACCACGCGGUGCUGCUUGUGGGUUAUGGAGUCACCAAGAGGGGCAAAAAGUACUGGAUUGUGAAGAACAGGUGAGCCUGCAUCUAGAUGUCAUUU